AUGAGCAAACUCUUCUUGUUGCUCUUCAUUUUACCUCAGAUUACCUUUGCUGGUUAUGAAGAUGGAACUGCUGAUGUAGCACCACAAGUAAGACCUCCACCGAGUCAGGCUUCCCCUCCUCGGAACUCCACACCGUUGGCUGGAAGACCAUCACCGUCAGGUCAGCCACCAGCUGGGAGGCCAUCACCGCCAGGUCAGCCACCAGCGGUUAGGCCACCGCCGCCAGUGAGCAGACCUGCUCCACAAGUCCGGCCACCGGUCCAGCCAGCAGUGCCAGUUCAGCCACAAGUCCGGCCACAGGUUCAGCCACCAGUGGUCAGACCACCACCACCCGUUCGUCCACCAGUCCGACCACCCGUGCAGCCAUCAGUGGGCAGGCCGGCACCGCCAGUGCGGCCGCCAGUCCGUCCACCGGUCCGGCCACCAGUGGUCAUUCCAGCGCCACCACCACCGUCACCAACAGAGCCCCCACCUACCGAGCCCCCACUGCAGACAGGUACAAUGCCUGACGGAAUCGGCCAGGCUCCUCCUUCUAACCCUGCUUUCGAGGCCUGCAUUGAGACAAAUCCAAGGGUGUUCUGCGAGCAGAUUAUAUGGUGGGAUGGAAAUUCCAGGGAUCAAGACGCUGUACUUCUCUCGCCCGUUGGUUUUGUUGCUUCGAGUCCUUUUGCCUCGACUCUUCAAGCAGCCGACGUCUUCACGCAACCGACCGAUCGCAGCCAGUGCUUGAAUAUUCAAUGUAUAUGUCAAUUUGCUAGAGGUAGGUUCUCCAAUAAUCAAUGCAUAUACUUGCCGAAUGGUCAAGUGUACGGUAGAGCAUAUCGUAAGGAAUUCCGAAUGAUGACUGACGACGAACGCCUCAGAUUCCGCAACGCUAUGUGGGGUAUUCGUAGCACGCAGUAUUUGGCCCUGUCGAGACUGCAUUCCAGCUACGUGACAUCACCAGCUGCUCAUUCUGGACCAGCGUUCCUUCCAUGGCAUCGAGAGUUCAUUAAA